CAUCGUCGCCCUCGGCCUCAUGCUCGGCAUGAUCUUCGGAUUCCUCGCCGGCGGCGUCUUCUUCUCCUACAAGAUCGGCGUCGAGGGCAAGGACGCCGUCGUCUCCCUCAAGGACCACGUGCAGAAGAGCAACUACGCCGAGCGCAUCGGCAUCAAGAAGUGGAUCGACGACAACGACAUCCCGGGCCUCGUCGACCAGUACUCCGCCAAGGUCUACGACACCGUCUGGGACCAGCUCGACCAGCUCGCCCUCCAGUACAACCUCACCGACUUCACCGACGAAUUCCGCCACUUCCUCAUCGCCCGCUCCGUCGGCCCCUCCGGAUCGUCGUCAGCGGCGGCGUCGACGGCGCUGAUCAGCUCGGCGCCCCAUCCCUACUCCAAAAAGCUCCAAUCUUUAAGCGUCCGCAUGAAGAAUCGCGAGUGGGCCGAGAUUUACAAGGAGUUAGAUUCUUUCUUCAGGGAAUUGCCCAUCACAAGAGAGGACCUGGUGGUAAAGGCGAAAGUGCUCGCCUCCGAAUGGACGGAGAUUGCGAAGAGGAUACUUUCCAGCGGUACCUCGGUUCUCGGCGGGAGCGCCAAUUUGGUGUUCUCGAUUUUCUUAAGGAUUCUCUCCGGCGCCGUCGAAGUCCUCAACUUCGUCUCCCAAUUGACCGUUUUCCUCUGGGUUUUGUACUACUUAAUCACGGCCGAAUCGGGUGGCGCGACCGAGCAGGUGGUGGGCUUGCUACCGAUAUCGAAGCCGGUCAAAGAUCGGUGUGUUGAGGUUAUUGAUCACGCCAUUAGCAGUGUCCUGUUAGCUACCGCAAAGAUUGCAAUCUUCCAGGGGUGCCUUACAUGGCUCUUGUUCAGAUUUUUCUCGGUGCAUUUCGUGUACACCUCGACGCUUCUUGCGUUCGUUAGCCCUUUAGUGCCAAUACUCCCGCAGUGGCUCUCAUCGCUCUUUGCGGCGGGGCAGUUGUUAAUGGAAGGGAGGUAUGUAUUGGCCGUGGUCGUGACUGUGAUUCACCUUUGGCUGAUGGAUUACGGGACGACGGUGAUUCAGGAGGAUAUACCGGGGUAUAAUGCAUAUCUUACUGGACUCAGCAUUCUAGGCGGCAUGACGUUGUUCCCUAAUGCUUUAGAGGGAGCAAUAAUGGGCCCGCUUAUAAUGACCGUUGUCAUCGCCCUGAAGAAUCUGUAUGCAGAGUUUGUGCUCGCUGAUACAGAACAGCCGCACACAUCUGAAAAGAACAAACACCUUUAGCUUUUUGUAUGGUGCUUUGCUCGUAUCCUGUAGCACACUAUAUUCAACUCAACUACUGUUCAAGUGUUCGGUGCAGCCCUCUAGCGCACCCGAUACGGUCCCACGCCGUCGCUGAUCGCUUCGACCGAAUUGUCAGCGACAACGCGACCGUGGGUGCACUUUGUGGGGAUGCAAUAGUGCACCCCACAUUUCAAUGUCAGCUUGAAAAGCAGAUGAGCAAACACUAGAUACUCUCCUGUAAUACCUCAGUUAUAGUCAUUUGGUUUUCAUCGACUUUUCUCCUAUUAGGAAGGGCCAUUUAUUAUUCAGGAAUGAGUUUUUGUGUAAUGAGACUUGGUUUGUCUCUCUUGUUUGAUUCAAGAGAUAAUUUUGUACAUUCUUUUGUAUUUAUCUAUAUGGGGACUUGUUUAGUCUUCUUAUAAAUAUGGGUCAUUAUGUUGUAAUUUGGGUUUUGUAUUCUUGGAUACGAUAUUCCACGUUGUUAUCUGUUGGUACUUCAUAAAAGAUUUUCAAUGAAAUUAGGCUGUUAACUGUUGCUUUCAA